UCAAUAAACUGGUGAGUGAGUGAGAGCGUAUAACAACAUGGCACGAGAGCAAUCUCGUGAUUUGAUGAAGGUAUGAAUUCAAUGAAUGAAUUGAAUUAUUUGAUGAAAGUAUGAAUUCAAUGAAUGAAUUAUAUAAGAAGAAGACAAACGUAGUCCACUAUCUCCUCCAUAGUCUGAUCUGAUCUCGCAGAAGAUAUAUAUAUAUAUAGAGAGAGAGAGAGAGAGACAGAGAGAGAGACAGAGAGAUAACAAUGGCGACCUUACCGUUCUCUGCAACUUCAACUAAAACAGAGUCGUUCUCGCAUUUCAGUUCAAUCUCAAGAUGCAUCCACUUCAGCUCUCGAAUAAGGUCCUCCAAUUUGUUCCUCAUCCGAACCUCCUGUUUUCGGAGAUUAAAGCGGUCUUUCACGGUUAAGAAUGUCUCGAGCGACCCAAACCAUAAACUCAAGGAUCCGAUCACCGACGAAGGUGCUGCAAUCAACGUGACUUCUUUCACUCUUGAUGCUGCAUCCAUUGCGUCGAGUAUCAAAUACCAUGCAGAGUUCACAUCAUUGUUUUCUCCGGAGCGAUUUGAGCUACCCAAGGCUUUCUUUGCAACAGCACAAAGUGUUCGUGAUGCACUUAUCAUUAAUUGGAAUGCAACAUAUAAUUACUAUGAAAAGAUGAAUGUAAAGCAGGCAUACUAUUUGUCAAUGGAAUUUCUACAGGGAAGAGCUUUGUUAAAUGCCAUUGGUAAUUUAGAACUGACAGAUGCUUAUGGAGAGGCUUUGUGCAAGCUUGGGCACAAUCUUGAGAAUGUAGCUUGGCAGGAGCCAGAUGCUGCACUUGGAAAUGGAGGUCUUGGUCGUCUUGCUUCCUGUUUUUUGGACUCUUUGGCAACAUUAAAUUAUCCAGCAUGGGGUUAUGGUCUUAGAUACAAACAUGGCUUAUUUAAACAACUGAUUACAAAAGAUGGCCAGGAGGAAGUUGCUGAAGAUUGGCUUGAAAUGGGCAAUCCCUGGGAGAUUGUGAGAAAUGAUGUCUCGCAUCCAGUGAAGUUUUAUGGCAAGGUUGUGGUGGGAUCAGAUGAAAAAAGACACUGGAUUGGUGGAGAAGACAUAAAGGCUGUUGCGUAUGAUGUCCCAAUACCGGGAUAUAAAACUAGAACCACAAUUAACCUUCGACUGUGGUCCACUAAAUCUCCAUCAGAAAAUUUUGAUUUAAAUGCUUUCAAUGCUGGCGAGCACACCAAAGCUUGUGAAGCCCAAGCUAAUGCUGAAAAGAUUUGCUAUAUACUAUACCCUGGAGAUGAAUCAAUGGAGGGAAAGAUCCUUCGUCUGAAGCAACAAUAUACCCUGUGCUCAGCUUCUCUGCAAGAUAUUAUUGCACGGUUUGAGAGGAGGUCUGGAGGGCAUGUCAAAUGGGAAGAGUUUUCCGAAAAGGUUGCAGUGCAGAUGAAUGACACUCACCCAACACUCUGCAUUCCAGAACUGAUGAGAAUAUUGAUGGAUUUGAAGGGCAUGAGCUGGAAGGAAGCUUGGGAUAUUACCCAUAGAACUAUGGCAUACACAAACCACACCGUUUUACCUGAGGCAUUGGAGAAAUGGAGCUUAGAACUUAUGCAGAAACUGCUUCCUCGACAUGUUGAGAUUAUAGAGAUGAUUGAUGAGGAGCUGAUCCAUAAAAUAAUAUCAGAGUAUGGUACAUCAGAUUCUGACCUGUUGGAGAAAAAAUUGAAGGCAAUGAGAAUUUUAGAAAAUGUUGAUGUGCCUACUUCCAUUUCUGAUUUAUUUGUUAAACAAAAAGAAAGUCCUGCUGUUGAAUCCAGUGAAGAAGUUGAAGAAUCUGAUGUUGAAUCCAGUGAAGAAGUUGAAGAAUCUGAUGAAGAACUUAAACCUAUUGAUGAAGAUGAAUCAAAAGAAGAAAGCAUGCAGAAGCAGAAAAAGGUGGACUUGGAAUCAAUUACAAAACCGCCACACAAAGAAAGUCCUGCUGUUGAAUCUAGUGAAGAAGUUGAAGAAUCUGAUCUUGAAUCCAGUGAAGAAGUUGAAGAAUCUGACGAAGAACUUAAACCUAUUGAUGAAGAUGAAUCAAAAGAAGAAGGCAUGCAGAAGCAGAAAAAGGUGGACUUGGAACCAAUUACAAAACCGCCACAGAUGGUCCGCAUGGCUAAUCUCUGUGUCGCAGGUGGUCAUGCAGUAAAUGGAGUUGCUGAGAUUCAUAGUGAAAUUGUAAAGGAUGACGUGUUUAAUGAAUUUUAUCAGAUGUGGCCUGAGAAAUUUCAAAAUAAAACAAAUGGGGUGACACCAAGAAGAUGGAUCCGUUUUUGCAAUCCAGAUCUAAGUAAUAUCAUAACUAAGUGGAUAGGUACAGAAGAUUGGGUCCUUCACACUGAGAAAUUGGCAGAACUGCGGAAGUUUGCCGAGAAUGAGUAUCUCCACAUUGAGUGGAGGGCAGCAAAAAGGAGCAACAAGAUGAAGGUUGUGUCAUUCCUCAAAGAAAAAACUGGAUAUUCCAUCAGCCCUGACGCAAUGUUUGAUGUCCAGGUGAAGCGUAUCCACGAAUACAAGCGACAACUUUUAAAUAUCUUGGGGAUUGUUUACCGCUACAAAAAGAUGAAAGAAAUGAGUGCAGCAGAGAGGAAAGUGGAGUUUGUUCCACGAGUUUGUAUAUUUGGAGGAAAAGCAUUUACCACAUAUGUGCAAGCCAAAAGGAUAGUUAAAUUUAUCACAGAUGUUGGGGCUACAGUAAAUCAUGAUCCUGAAAUCGGUGAUUUACUAAAGGUUGUAUUUGUUCCUGAUUACAAUGUCAGUGUUGCUGAAUUGCUUAUUCCUGCAAGUGAGCUCUCGCAACACAUCAGUACUGCUGGGAUGGAGGCCAGUGGAACCAGCAACAUGAAGUUUGCUAUGAACGGUUGCAUCUUGAUUGGGACCUUGGAUGGGGCCAAUGUCGAAAUAAGGCAAGAGGUUGGACCCGAGAACUUUUUUCUUUUUGGUGUUCAAGCUCAUGAAAUCGCGGGCCUUAGGAAAGAAAGAGCUGAAGGAAAGUUUGUGCCUGACCCACGUUUUGAAGAAGUGAAGGAAUUUGUUAGAAGUGGUGUUUUUGGACCAUAUAACUAUGAUGAAUUAAUGGGAUCCUUAGAAGGAAACGAAGGUUUUGGCAGUGCAGACUAUUUCCUUGUGGGCAAGGACUUCCCAAGUUACAUAGAAUGCCAAGAAAAGGUCGACGAGGCAUAUCGAGACCAAGGGAGAUGGACAAGAAUGUCAAUCUUGAAUUCAGCGGGCUCGUACAAGUUCAGCAGUGACAGAACAAUUCAUGAAUAUGCCAGAGACAUAUGGAACAUUGAACCGGUCGAAUUACCUUAAAAAAAACUUGGUCAUUUUAUAGAAGUGAGUUUGUUUGUUUGUUGGUUUGUUUGUUUGUUUGUUUUUUUCUCUAUGCGAGUGAAUCAGUCCAUACAUGUUGUCAUUAUGUAAUAAAGUUGUGUUAGCUUGAUAUGCUUGCACAUUCACCUGAAACUUGGUCACCUCUAAAUUCUACUAUAGCUUAUGAAUAAUAAUGAACCUAAUAUUUGAGCAGCUACAAUUUUCUGUGAUUUGUGAA